AUGUUCCGUGGUGGCUGCAUAAGCCUAUCUAGUAGGCAUCGCUUCGAAGAUACUUUGGCAUUGUUCAUAGUGUUUUUAAGUUUCAAUCACUUCUCUUCACUAUGUUUAUUAGUCACUUUCAUUUUAAUGACCAAAUUCAAAAAUUUUAUCACCAAUAUGUUUAUUACAUUAUUUCUUCAAAAGAAGCCUUCGCCUCGUAUCGAAGAAGUUUCCCAUAUUGAGAGCGUAGGCUCUUUGUCUUCACAGUCCUCGUCCAUGAAGGUCCCAAAUGGUGCAGCUACUAGUAAAAAAUUAUCUCGCAAUCAAAACACAAGUAUCUUCAAAGAGAAAUUCAUAUUGGCCCCAUUUCUACACGCGGUAGUUGAGUUCACACUGGCUACAGUCCUGAAAGUAUAUGGAGGAAACUACUUCGUAGUGCCAACUGAAAAGUUAGCAAUUGCAAUCAUUGCCUCGUUUAUGAUUAACGAUCCUGGUGAUUGUUUAAGUUAUGCUACUAUUUGCACAGUCCUUUAUGCAGUAUCAAGUAAUAUACUGAAGAGAUUGGCCCCUUUCAACGACGGACCACCAUUCGUUUUCUAUCAAUCAAUAAAGACAUUCCCAUUGAAAAGUCCAUUGAUAUCAUUUUUUUACAGAUACUCUUUGAUUCUGUUUAAAUUGCUCCAUUUGUUUGUCCCCACAAUUCCUAACGAAUGGAACAAAUAUAUUACCCAUCUUUGUUACUAUCUAUCUUUGCACAUUGUAUACACACAGUUUGCAAGAAAUACAGUAUUUUCUAGCGAUUCUCAGCAACCAGUGGCGAAGAAAAAUAGUGUUUUACGUUCCUUAUCCACGUCUUCUCCUCAUGGUUUCAAGAGCCAUCAAGCCAAAGAUGAACUCCAUCAUCGAAUUCCCUCUGCAACUUCUCAAAGAAUUUUAUCAUCUUCAUCAGCAAAAAAUGAUAAUUCUUUGAACACAAAUGUUAUUAAUGAUAAUCCAGCAGGUUUGAAAAACAAUACUGCAAAUAUAGGAAAGUCAAACAACAAUAAAACUUUUGUUAAUAAUAUUUUACCCCAUUUCACUAAUGUUGUUGGUCAAAUCAAGACUUUUGAACCAACUGUGACCGUUCCAGAAAAGACCAACGUACAGACAGUCACUACUACUUCAACAGAAAAAAGUUCCAACACUUCUUCAAGUAACGUUGUGCUUUCAAACAAUGAAAAUAAUUUUAUAAAUCAAUUUUAUGAAAUAGGUAUUGAAAAUCUGGACACUGAAAUUUCAAGUGAUUUGAAAACAGAUAUUACCGUAACAUCAAAUUUGGAAAAUUUCAUUAGGUAUCUUUUUGAGGCUGAUAAGAAAGUUUUAAUUUCACCCCUUUGGUCCAUUUUAGUCACUUUGAAAACUACAAAUUUCGAAAAGAAAUAUUUGAAGGAAUUUAAAGAAACAAAAGAGAAAGUCGAUGAUUUAACUCCACUCAGCUCAUCGAAUGAUGAUACUAUAACUCCAGUACCCUCUGUAGAAGAGCAUGGACCGCACAAUUCUCUUGAUUACUCUGCAAUUGACGGCAGGAAAAGGACUAAAAGUGUAUUCAAUCGUUCUGACGACCCCUUGAACUCUAUGGCUUUGAUUGCCCAGACAGCAUCUGAUGAUUUUAGUCAAUUGAACCUAUUAUCCACGAAUGAUAACAUAUUCAACAGAAAAGAAAACGAUUAUAAAGUCUGUAUCGUGGAAAUAGGUACGCAUAGUUUAACGUUUCACAUUGAAAAUUUACACGACGGUGAACUCAUCGUUCUGGUUAAUGGACUUAUUUGGUCUGAAGUCUCUUGUUCUUUGAUUUUAGAGCACGUUGGUGAAGAAUAUGUCGUUGUUAAUGGGCUAGUACCUUCAUGUUCUUAUGACAUACAAUUUAUUAAUAGGUUAAAUCAGACCGCAGUAUUUUUUAAUACCGACUUGAUAAUUAGAACAAAAGGUCAAGGUGAUCGUAAUGUGUCCGACGAUUCAGCGGAUAAGCUUUCUAAAAAUUUUGAAAAGCUAGAUCUUACUUUCCCAUCUUAUUACCAUAGAAAAUUUUUAUCACCUUUAUUGACAUUAAAGCACUCUGUCCUGACCACAAAUGCAAAUUUAUCAGAUGAGAGGCUUAAACUGAAAAAAACAAAGAAAGAGAUUACCAAAAAACUGAAUGCAUUUAAACAAGAAAUUGACCAUUUGAAGAACAAAUUGAAACAAAAUGCAUCUACAGAGGAGAAGAAUUCAUCUAAAGUGGAAAAUCUGAAAAUUGCGCUUCAACAAAAUGAAAAUUCUGUAGCUGAAUUAGAAGAAGAGUUUAAAAACGUAAGCAAGGAUGAAUUUGAGCUAGAAGAUAGAUACUUGGAGAAAAAAAAUUAUCAUCUCAAAAAGGAAUUAGAAUUCAGUAAAGCUGAAGAAAAUUUGAAGAAGAAAUUAGAUGAAGUCACAGGUAAAAUGGGAAAAUUAGAAACCGAAUACAACCAGUUGUUGUCAAGAAAGGAGAAAUUAGAAGCUAGACGUGAUAGGUUACAGAAAGAAUUGGACCAAAAUAACGAAAUAUUUGAAGUAUUCAAGGCUAAUUUCCUUCAAAAGAAGGAGAAGGAAAGAUCCAAGAGAGAAGAUAUAAGGGCUCGUGAGAUCAAUGAAUUGGAAUUGCAAAUUAAGGGUCUUGAGCAGGAUAUUAGCCGUCUAGAGGCUGAAAAUGAGAGAAUUCAACCAAUUUUGAAUCGUUAUUAA